UUAGUUGGUGCACGUGGAAGAAGGAGAGUUUGGUGUAAGUGCCCCACCCUUUUAUAAGCACACGUGACAAUCUCCUCCUUCACCUUGGCUCACUCAGUGCUUUUUGCUUAUUCCCUCUCACCUGCAGGUUUGAGCCUUUCAGUGACAUGGCUUGUUGCCUUCAGAUGCCGGACAGCAAAGCCCUCAGCUUCCUGCAGGAGAGUGCGCAGCUGCUGUCCCAGGCAAAGCCAAUCAGCAGUAACCCAGGAAAGCCUCUGUGGCAGCUGGGUCGGGCCAUGCAUUCGGUCCACGGUGUCUGUGCGCCCCAGUGCAACUGUUUCCCCUCCCCCCUAGUGUCUUUUGCUCCCGCGGAUGCUCUGAGCCUCAUCAGCCUCCAUUGCUCCAGCCUUGAGUCGGAACCUCUAGAUCAGGUCAAGCCCCCAGAAGCUGGGGAGGUUGCUCAUGAGAGGUCUCCCAUUACUCACGCUAAAGACCAUGGUAGCCACCUGCUGUGGACAGCGUGUGUGGAAGAGCCCAGACUGGCACAACUCUCUGAGUCACAGAGAGGUAGGAGGAGAGUCUUCCGCAAGCAGCCUAGACCCAGGAGGAGCUAUGAUGCUCUGGACCCAAAUUUCCAAGGGGUGACGCUCCACAUGAAACUCUGUCUGUGUCAAAGCAGCUCAGAGGGCUGUCGCCUUCUCAUUAACCCCCAAUUCAGCAGUGGAAAACUUAGGAAAAGAAGCGGAGUCCCUUUAGCAGGAGAAGAGUGCAAAGCUGGCAGUUCAGAAGAGGAAGGAUUCCUCUCUACUCACAGGAAUAAGCGUUGUGCUUCUUGCAAGACUAGGAAAACACCACUGUGGAGAGAUGCUGAAGAUGGGACCCCUCUCUGUAAUGCUUGCGGCAUUAGGUACAAAAAGUACAGAAUUAGAUGUUUUCACUGCUGGAGUAUUCCAAAGCACGGUGGGAAACCUUACUCACAUUGUUCCAACUGUGGAGGAAAGUUGGGUGUAGUAGCUGUCCAGCAGAAACCUGGAAAAAGAUGUGGCAAUUUUGUAAAAUUUUGCAAUUAGCUGGAGAGGAAAAGUUCUUUGAGGAAUUUGAGCUACUUGCCUGAGACCCUUGGAUGGAUACCUAGGUGGAUGAUUAUUAGAUAUACUAACCACAUUUCCAUUGACAUAGACUUUUAUUUUGUUGUCGUAUUUUGUUUCUUCCUGGAUAUUACUCUGAUAUGAAACUGCAGAUAUGCCAUAUGUUGAAUAUUUAGUUUAAAUGAAUAUGGAAGAAGGUAGAAAAGAAGCAUGAAAUGUUUAUGAAAAAGAGGUGUUUCACUUGAAAUUUCAGUCAUCUACACAACUGAGGACAAAAUGCUGAAAUAGUUUCAAACAGUUAUCCUUCCUAAUCACAUGGAAAUUCCUUUAGGGUACUUUGGGUUUAAUAUUUCUGUUGCUAUCACCACCCACUUAUAGCAUUUGGGGUUAAAGCUAUAUUAAUUGCAGUGCUAUUUAAUACUUUCUAGAGAAGAAUUAUAAAGUGCAAAGCAGCAUUUUCACAAGUUGUAGUGUUUGGGACAAGUAGGAGAGGGAUAUUAUUUAAAACAUGUAAUACUAGUCUGCCAUCUUAAAAGUAGGGCUUUUAAGAGAUCCAGAUUUUUAAAAAGAAAUAAUCCCAUGUGAUUAAGCACUUUUCUCCUGAUAAUAUUUGUUAAUUUCACAAAAAAUAAUUAGUAUAAAUAUACAAGGUGUAUGCUAUGAAAUAUUUAUAUAUUUCUAGUAAACUGUCAUGCAUUAUUCAAUAUGCAGCAACAUGAUAGUUUCUGAAUAAUAUUGAUGCAUUCACCAGUAUAUGAUAUGUUU